AGACUUAUCUUUAAACAUAAAAUCAGAUUUAUAUCCAUGUAGAUUUUAUUCGUACAAAUCUAUGAAUGAUAAAUAUACUUGAUCGUUAAGAAAACUACCCUAUGUGCGUGUAUAUAAACUUACAAGACUCAAUGCAGAAACUCACAUCGAUAGAGCGAUCAUCACAAUAAGAUGAACAACAAGAACAACGUUUCUUCAAAGAAGGUUUCUUCCAAGAAUAGCCAAGGAAAAUCUAUUGCGAAGGUAGUGUACACACCACUGAAAGACCUGAGAUUCAAACAAACUCAAAACAAGACAAUAAAGGUGAAAGUACCGAAAGUCUGGAUAUCUCAGUCCAACAAAACCGGUGAAGUUUGGGGCCUAGAAGCGCACGUAAUAGAUGAGGAAGGAACGCAGAUUCAACUUAAGGUGAACGUAGAUAACAUUGAUUUGUUCCGAGGAAAAUUUUUGGAUGGAUGUGUAUACUCCAUUCAACGUUUUACCUUUCAGGUUCCAACCGGAGGAUACAGAAUUGUACCUUUCCACUAUUUUAUGUGGCUGAAUAAAUACGCCAAAAUACAGCAGCUAGAAGUGGAUGCAUCCACUUUUCCAAUAGAAAGAUUCACUUUCUUGCCUCUGGAGAUGGUACCUGGAAGGAAAAAUGAAAACCACUUCUAUACAAAUGUAAUUGGACGAUUGCACUCCAUAUCUAACGUCGUUGGCAAGCAAGUUGAGGAACGUGGUGAGACGAAAGAAGUCAACAUGCGAGAGAUUUACAUCGCCGAUGAAAGGGGAAAAACGAUGAAGAUAACUAUAUGGGGUGAAUUAGCGACUACUAUUGAGGAUGGAAUGCUAGAUAGUAACCAAAAUGUCGCAGUGGUCAUAAUAAUCACUGGAACAUUUGUGAAAGAGCGCAUGGGUUUCAUUAGUCUUUCCACCACACAAGCAUCACGAAUAUUUGUGAAUUUGGAUAGUGAACAAGUUCAGGAAUUUAGAAUGCUACUUGGAAAAGAAACUGAAGAGAUAGAAGAGAUACACCUUGAACAAGAGAAAGAUCCUUUUGAAGACAAAAUUACCCUAUAUGAAGCCAGUCAGAUGCUGCUAGACUAUGAAAAUAAGAACAAGGAGUUUUUUUGUGAAGCAUCCAUUGUCCGAUUCAACGAGGGAAAGGGUUGGUACUACAUUGCUUGCAAAAAAUGCAAAAAACAAGUGCAAAACAAUGAUGGAAAGAUUUCUUGCCCCAAAUGCAUAAAGACCUUUGAUGGAAAAGUACUGACAUGGUACCGGAUCACAGUAAGGAUCAAGGAUAACACAGAAUAUGCGGAUUUUACAAUUUUCGGAUUUAAUGUAGAGAAGAUGUUGAAAUAUACUGCAGCUGAACAUGUCGACUACGCUGAGCGUUGCGAGAAGCUAGGAGAACCAGACAAAGCUAAACAGGUGUUUGAUAAGCUGAUUGGAGAAAAGUUCGGAUUUAAGCUAAAGAUAACCGAAGAAAACAUCCAGAAACAGUCCGACGAUUAUACAGUUUUGAAAGUUCAUACUAUUGUUAAAAAAAAAAGACCGCCAGUGACCAAUUGGGUCCGAAAACACCACAAAAAGAAAAACAACAGAAGAUCAUGCUUUUAGAGAAUGAAAAACAACAAAAAAGAAAUAAGAUAAGGCAUAUGGUAGAUUUAGAAGAUGAUAAGGAUGAAAAAGAAGAUGAAAGUGAUGAAAAUACUAUGGUGAAAAAAAAGAAGAUCACCAAUGAGCAAAAAAGAAAAAGGCUAAGACAUAUGCUUUUAGAAGAUGAUGAGGAUACUCAAGAAAAUAAUGAAAUGGCAGUUGAUCUGGAUGAAGAAGAAGAUGGAGAUAAUGAAGAUGAUAAAAAUAUUUGAAAAAAGUCGGUGCCUAUGAUUCUCUCUUAGUGA